AUGACGUCUGAUGCCCAGCCAGCCGAGGGUACCACGGUGCCGACUUAUCGGCCUCGUGAAUACCAGCUGGAGAUGCUAGAGGCCAGCUUGAGAGAAAAUAUCAUUGUCGCUAUGGGAACAGGCAGUGGUAAGACAUCGAUAGCUGUCCUGCGAAUCCAGAGAGAGCUGGAAACAUGCCACCCGGACAAGCUUAUAUGGUUCCUGGCGCCGACUGUUGCUCUCUGCACUCAGCAGUAUGAGACUAUCUGCUCUGAUAUCCCUUCUGUGGGAGCGAGGCUACUCACCGGCGCAGACAACCUGGACACCUGGAGCGAGCAAGCCAUCUGGGAUGCGGCGCUUAACAAUAUCCGCGUUGUUGUAUCGACACCUGAUGUGCUUUCGGAUGCGUUAAGUCAUGGAUUUGUUAGAAUUUCUCAAUUGGCACUUAUUAUUUUUGAUGAAGCCCAUCAUUGUAAGGAUCGUCAUCCUAUGAAUAAAAUCAUGCAGAACUUUUAUCACCCUGGGAGAGCGGAACAUGGUCCAGAUGCAGUGCCACAUAUCCUAGGACUUACUGCGAGUCCGGUAGAGCGAUCGAAUCCGAAGGAGAUGGUAACUUUGGAAUCGAAUCUGCAUUCAAUAUGCAAAACGCCUCGUGUUCAUAGACAAGAACUGUUAAUGCACACUCACUGUCCAAAAUUACAGCGAAUAUGGUUCCAGCCAUCGUGCAUAUGGGGUUCUGGGUUCAGUCAGACACUGAACGAAUUAUUUGAUUCGUGGCGCAGACUCGAUAUCGAGGCCGACCCAUACAUCAGGCGGUUGACAAAGGAACCUGGUAGUGCUGGGAAGUUGCAACAACUGCGUACCACACGCGAAACAAACUGUAAUAUGGCGUUGCGCAAACUGAUCAAGCGGAGCUGCCACCUAUUAGAAGAACUGGGUCCGUGGGCCGCCGACUACUUUAUCCACGCUUCAACACAGUUGGUUAAAGAAACAGCUGGUGAUGCUUCCAUGUUAUCUGAUCCGGAGAUUGAGGAACAACAAUACGUGGCUGACUUCCUUUCCAAGAUACCUGAGCCGGAUCUUACGGACACAGAAAAUCUUGCCAUUUCCCCCAAAUUGGGAUCAUUGAUUGCAUUCCUCAAGGACGUUCACUCCCCAGAUAUAUCAGGGCUGGUCUUUGUCGAGCAGAGAGCAACUGUCAGCGCAAUGGUGAAACUUCUUUCUGUUCACCCAGACACGAGGGACCGGUUUCGGUGCGCCCCAUAUGUGGGUUGGGCGAAUAGUGCCAACCGCCGAGAUCUGGUCGGGGAACUGAUCAACACCAAGGGACAGCACACCACGUUGGCUGAGUUCCGUGACGGUCGGAAGAACCUUAUUAUCACAACCAAUGUGUUGGAGGAGGGAAUCGACGUCAGUGCAUGUAGCCUGGUAGUCUGCUUCAACAAGCCACGGAAUCUGAAAUCAUUCAUCCAACGACGUGGCCGUGCUCGACAGAAGAAGUCAACCUAUGCCAUUAUGUUUGCGAUGGACGACACAUCCGCUGACUUAAAACGGUGGGAAAACUUGGAAAAAUACAUGAUAGAAGCAUACCAAAAUGAGGAAAGGCGACUCCGUGACCUACAAGCUCUGGAAAUGCUUGAUGAGAAUGUACCAGAUGAACUUUUUGUAGAGUCUACUGGUGCCAAACUGACGGCAGAUGAUGCCUUGAAGCAUCUAUAUCAUUUUUGCGCAAUCCUGCCUAGCCAGUCGUACGGCAACGGGCCCGCUCAGCCAACCUUUUCGUUUAGACAAGACAAUGACGGUUUGGUUAAAGGGGUGGUCACUCUGCCUAAUUGCGUGGAUCAAGCUGUUCGACGUAUGACGGGGAGACUCUGGUGGCACAGUGAACGGGCAGCCAGGAAAGAUGCAGCGUUUCAAGCGUACAAGUCCCUCUAUAAACAUGGACUUCUCAACGAUCACCUUCUCCCACUGACGGAGAAACAGGAAGAGGACAUCGAAUCUGAAACUGUGAAAUUACCAGGUACGGUGAAGGUCCAAAGUCAAUGGGAUCCCUGGGUCGAUGUGGCGCACGCAUGGUCGUCGGCGUCAAAGGUCCAUCGAACUAGAAUCGAAAUAAAUUUGAACGAUGUUUAUUAUCAGCACUUGUCCAUGGCACUGACUGGACCAAUGGAACUGCCGGAGAUCAAAUCAAUUGACCUUUUCUGGAAUAGCACAUCCACAUUCACUUUGUCUUUCAUUGCUGAAUCGCAGCCCUCCACCAUAACGCAGAAAGAUUUAGCCGUAUACAGGGAUGUCACAUCAUUCUAUCUACAGGCUCCACAUUCGAGGCCGCCACCCUGCGAAAAGAAUGAUUAUGUGAUGCUUUUCAGUCCGUUCAUGGCUUCUGAUCGACUGGAAACCUGGCUUCAAAACAAUAAUGGCAGCAACACCCUGCCACAGGUGUAUGCGAAUGGAACCAGACCAAUGUAUAUGGGGCUGAUCCGAGGUCCGUAUAACAAGCCAUAUACUUUCCACGAGUGGAUAAUUUUGCAGCAAGACAGUACGCGCCCAGAAGUGAGAGUGAAGUGCUGUAAAUUGCCUCGUCGGAGGAAUCUCUUGGAACGUUUCCUUACACCGAACGCUGGCGAUACUGGAGAUUUAGGGCACACUAGUAAAUACAGGACCUUCCGUGAGGAUGAAUGCACGGUUGACAAAUUUCCUGUAAUACAAGCUCUUUUUGGUUUAUUUAUUCCCCUGAUUUUGCAUGCCGUGGAGAAGUUGUUGGUCGCUACUCGACUGCGAGAUACCAUCUUGAAGGAUGUCGGAUUUCAGAACGUCAAUCACAUAGUCACUGCCAUCAGUCUUCCCGCUGUGGCUCAGAUGGCCAAUUAUGAACGAUAUGAGUUUUUGGGAGACUGUAUCCUCAAGUUUGUGGUGUCAUACCGGCUCUUCGUUCAGUAUCCCCGCUGGCACGAAGGGUACCUAUCUCAAAGCAGGGAUGCGACAGUUAACAACCAACGCCUGGCACGAGCGGCUCUCAAAACAGGUCUCGAUGCAUUCAUUAUCACGGAGGUACUUAGGCCCCGAAAAUGGUCAGCGCCAUUGAUCUCAGAAAAGACACGCUGUACUCCAGGCACACGGAAUAUUCACAGAAAGGCUCUUGCCGAUGUGGUCGAGGCCUUAAUCGGGGCAGCGUACAUUGAAGGCGGCCUUAGGAUGGCUCGAAUAUGCAUUCAUACAUUUUUACCUGAAAUUAGCGUCAGUCCACCAGACAUUGCCUCUAUCCCGCGCUUUCAAAACUGCGUCUAUUUCGACACGCGGCUCCAGCAAGAAAUCGGUUACAAGUUCAAGGACGAAUCUUUCCUCGCGGAAGCCCUUACACACCCAUCAUGCGACUUCGACGUGAAGACGCAGUCAUACCAACGGCUUGAAUUCCUCGGAGAUGCAGUCCUGGACAUGCUGAUCGUCUCCACUAUCACCAAGCAUUCAACGAUGGAAAUGCCACCGGGGGCCAUGACGCAACUCAAAGCGGCCUUCGUCAACGCGCAAUUGCUCGCAUUCCUAUGUAUGGAAUUUGGCUUCACCACCGAAAAGACAGAGAAUCCGGUCCCACAAGUGACAGCAAGGGGGAAGACAACCGAAGCAGGAACAGGAACAGUGCCAUUUACGCAGAAGAAAUCCACCGAAAAGAUAGCUCUAUGGACCUUCAUGCGCUUCCGCAGCUAUGAGAUCCGCACCGCGCGCGACGCAGCCGUGAAGCGCCACUCUCUCCUUCGAGAAGAGAUCCUAUCGUCCCUAUACAAUUCAAGCAUGCACCCCUGGGAAUCACUAUCGCGGCUGAACGCGGACAAGUUCUUCUCCGACCUGAUCGAGAGUGUUCUUGGCGCUAUCUUCGUUGAUUCCGGCGGCAACCUGUCUGAAUGUGAGAAGUUCGUGGAGCGGAUCGGCCUCCUCGGACCGUUGAGGAGGUAUUUGGAAGAAUCGGUCAUGCCUACCCAUCCGGUCAAUUCUCUGCAGCACCUGAUGGGUGCCACGAGAGUGCAAUUUCGUUUCUGGAAGGCCCGGGUUCCAUCCGAUGGGAGUGAAACGACGGGGGUUGAGAUUGAGGAUGGUACUGAGGAUUCGAGGAAUCAGCAGCGGUAUUUUAAUUGCUCCAUUGUGACAGCAGAUGGCAAAGAGCUUGGUUCUGCUCGUGGGUGUCUGAGUAAGGAGGAAGCUCAGACUAGGGCUGCCUGUGCUGUGAUUAAGGCUAUCCAGGAGAACGGGCUUGCGUCGGUAGCUGGACAGAAUGGUCAAGGGCAAAACGGGGGCAGCGAUACGGAGACGGCGGUGGAUGUUCCAUCGGAUCCUGUGGAAUCGACAUCGUCGAAUCAUUCAUGA